AUGCAUAUAAGAACAAUAAGAACUUUUACAACACUUUUAAGAUCGCAAAGAGUAUAUCCUUUACCUGGUCUAGUUAAAUUGACACAUACAGCUGAUAUCAUAUAUAUGUCGAAGAGGCCAUUUACAGGGUCUUCUAAUGCAUUACUUCCAAAGAAGUCAAAAAUUACUAAUGAAGAUUUGUUAGAAAUUAAUGACAUUCUCUCAGAAUCAGAUGAUUGGGACAGUGAGGAUUCCUUCCUUCUGAAUGACUCAAAAUUUGAUAACCUUAAACCUAGCAACCGUGAAUCAAUAAUAUCAGAGCAUAAGAAGAUAGAAGCUAUAUCUACCCGACAUUAUCAUACAAAUUUUCUUGGCAAUGAAGAUGACAAUUCAGAACUAGAUGAUAUAGUUCAACAAAUGAACUCUCAACCUAAUUUUAAAAAUUCUAGCGUUCAAGAUACUCCAAUAAAGGUAGAUCUCCUUUCAGAUAGAUUAUUACAAUUAUCUACACCUGCACAAGUUCCAAAAGGACGUGAUCCUAUUCAAAUAAAAAGUAGUGAUUCUUCAGAGAUGGAUUUUUCCUCUUUACUAGAUACCAGCUUCAAAACCAAACAGCAAGCAUCUUCUGUAAAUGAUACAUCUAUACGUGUCAGCACCUCACAGCCUCAUACAGUAGAAAUUGUUUCAUCAGAUAGCAAGUGUGAAUUGAAUAGAUCAGUCAGUGAUAUCCCUAUAGGGCAGGCCCAAGCGCGUUUAAGUAAUAAGUUUUCUUUCUCUACACAAGCUCCUUCUCUCUUCAAUCCGGAACUUAAUUGCGAAAAUUCAGGUGGUACACCUCAACUACAACUACCACCUAACACCAAAGUGAAAAUACCUAUUAGACUUAGCGUGGAACAAGAACAAAUUAUCAAUCUUGCGGAGAAAGGGUAUAAUAUAUUCUAUACAGGUAGUGCCGGUACGGGUAAAUCAAUUCUAUUAAAAGAGUUAAUUAAAAGUUUGAGAGACUUAUAUGGUAGAGAUCACGUUGCUGUGACUGCAUCUACAGGUCUUGCGGCAUGCAAUAUCGGUGGUGUUACAGUACAUUCAUAUACUGGUAUUGGUCUUGGGAAAGGUGAUGGAGACAUGCUAUUCAAGAAAGUACGUAGGUCCAAAAAACAUUUACGUCGAUGGCAGGAGAUGAGGGCACUAAUCAUUGAUGAAAUAUCUAUGUUAGACGGUGAUUUGUUAGAUAAACUUAACCAUAUAUCUAAAAAGAUUCGAAAGAAUCGUGAACCAUUUGGCGGAAUCCAAGUCAUAUUUUGUGGUGAUUUUUUCCAAUUACCACCAGUCUCAAAAGAUCCCAGAAACCCAACAAAAUUUGCCUUCGAAGCUCUCUCAUGGAAGGAAGGUAUUGAUAUUACAGUCAUGUUGCAAAGAGUUUUCAGGCAACAGGGAGAUCUGAAGUUCAUAGAUAUGUUGAAUAAAAUGAGAUUAGGUAAGAUUGACGCAGAGACAGAGAGGGAGUUCAAAAAAUUAAAUCGAGAUCUUCCGAAUGAUGAGAUUAUUCCAGCAGAACUGUAUAGUACAAGAAAUGAGGUCGACCGAGCAAAUAAUCAGAGAUUAUCCAAACUGCCAGGUGAAGUACAUUUUUUCAGAGCUUCUGAUGCAGGUAACUUAAAGGACGUUGAAUUAAGGGAUAAGUUAUUACAAAACUUUUUGGCGCCUAGGGAAUUACAUUUAAAAGUCGGUGCACAAGUUAUGAUGAUAAAAAAUAUUGAUGCCACAUUAGUGAAUGGGUCACUAGGUAAAGUGCUCGACUUUAUGGAUGCAGAUACUUACUUCUUCUAUAAUGUAAUGAGUGGGAACCCUGGAGUUAGCGUAGAAGAAUUAGAUAAGCUGAAAAAUGAUCCACUACGUGUUGAAGAAUUAAAGGAAGAAGCUGUUGCUGAAGAUGAGAUGAAUGGGAUUAAAAGAAAUAAAUUAAUAAAAGAUACAUUCAACAAAUCAGUAAACCAGAUGUCAAGGGGACCACUUGAUAAUAGCAUAUUUGACUUUUUGAAUGAUGUAAAUUCAAAAGAUCCUGAAGAAAACAAUAAUCUUGAACGGAAGAGGGAAUGGUUAAAUCAAAUACAUGAAAGUUCAGGUGGUCGAAAACUUCCUCUUGUUAGAUUUAAGAUGUCUGACUUAAGUACAAGAACCAUUCUUGUAGAACCAGAGGAAUGGGCUAUUGAAGAUGAACAAGAGAAACCUCUUGUUUCUAGAAUCCAGUUACCCUUAAUGCUUGCAUGGUCUUUAUCAAUUCACAAAUCACAGGGACAAACAUUGCCUAAAGUGAAAGUUGAUUUGAGACGAGUAUUUGAAAAGGGUCAGGCAUACGUAGCAUUGUCGAGAGCUGUCUCAAGGGCUGGUUUACAAGUUUUAAAUUUCGACAAAAGUAGAAUUGCUGCCCAUGAUAAAGUGGUAGACUUUUAUACGACUCUAACAUCUGCCGAUUCUGCACUGGCAAAACUUGGGAAUGAUCCUCCUGCAAAAAGACAACCUCAAGGGAAAUUACAAUAUGCUCCCAAAUAUAGAAAUUAUAGCACAAAUAGCAAACCUGAUAACAACGGUAACAGAAUUCGUGGGAGCAGUAUUGCUAAAUUAUUGCAAACAAGACGGGAAAGAUCGAAGCACUGA